AUGAAAUUCUCUUUAAAAUUGGCCACUUUGUUCCUGUUCGUGAGCUUAUGCACCUCGUAUGCUGCUAGUUUACCAGUAACAAGUGAAACCGGAACUGGAGAAAUUGACACAGGCUCCAGCGGUGUUGGUACUGAGACCGGUUCUAGUGGUACUGGUGAAACUGCUACUGGUUCAAGUGGCAGUGGAGAAACUGGCUCUAGCGGUAGUGGUGAAACCGACAGCAGUGAUGAAAGCGUUGAUGAAGAGGAAGAAGAUGAUGAUAGUGAAGAACCAGAAGCUGAUGAAGAUGCUGAAGAUGUCGAUGAAGAUGAGGCUGAUGAAGAUGUCGAUGAAGAUGAGGCUGAUGUUGAAGAAGAUGAACAAGAUGUUGAUAAUGAUGAAUUGGAAAUGGAUGAAGUUAAUGAAGACGACGUUGAAGACGAUUUAGAAAACGACGAUGAAGAGGAAUCUGAUGAAUCCGCUUAA